GUCUGGAGGAAGAGGGACCCAACGCUGCUGCGGGAGGCGAGCGAUAGAUGUCCAGAGAUGGAGCCGUGGCCGUCUUGGGCCUGGAUCCUGCUGCUGAGCCACGUGAAGGCUGCACUGUCACGUGACUUCACCGCGAAAGACAUCGUCCGCUUGCACCCCUCAACUACUCCUUUUCCUGGAGGCUUCAAGUGUUUCACAUGUCAAGAAGCUGUAGACAACUAUGAGUGCAAUCGCUGGGCGCCGGAUGUCUACUGUCCGAGAGAGAGCAGGUACUGCUACACGCAGCACGUGAUGGACGACCAUGGAGACAGUGUGUCUGUCACCAAACGUUGCUCCACUCGGGAGGACUGCCUGCUGACCGGCUGUUCAUACGUCCCUGAUAACGGCUAUAAGAUGUGUUCGUCUUGUUGUGAAGGGAACAUCUGCAACAUGCUGGUGCCCAGGAACGAAAGCAGUGCCGUGUUCUCAUCCACGUCGCCUCGGAGGGACAUUAGAUGGGGACUUAUGUCAGUGACUCUGAGCUGCAUCACCUCAAGACUCAUUUGAGAAGACUCAGAAGACCAGACUCCGUUGGGACUAUCUGUCAGGUUCCUUUGGGUCAUGUUGGAAGGAGCAGAGAAACAAAUGGACUUCUCGACAUGCUCCUACUAGGGUAGAUGAGGUUUCAUGAAACAGUAGUGCAGGGUGGAUGAGACGGUGUCCUCAUUUUCAGAGGCCACUCGCUCUUGGUUCAGUAGGUUUCAUUUGAUUAGUUGUUCAAGUCCAAACAUUAUACAGCAGACAGUACCAUCUGGUGGCCUCGGAAAUUCAGGACACUGUGUCAUGAAACCUCAUCUGCCCUUCUCUGCUAGAAAGUAUGUCUUAACACUCAUGGUCCAUUUAGAUUACCGUAUUUUCCGGACUAUAAGCCGCUACUUUUUUCUCGCGGUCUGAACCCCGUGGCUUAUAAAACAAUGCGGCUAAUAUAUGGAUUUUUAAUACAGGGAUAUUCCAAGCAAUCGAUUAUGAAAGGCUGAACUGGUUGUGAUCUGUGAAUGCCGACCACAGCCUGUCAUUGCCGGUCACAAAAUCCGAUCACAUGUGACAGAAGCUGUUCUGAUGAGGCACCGCCCGCGGUUUGUGAUGCGUCCGCGCCUCCCUGCCGACUCGCCACUCGCUUGGCAACGACGUGUUUAAUGCGAAAGCUUUUUUCAGUCUGCCAUGUCAAGUUUGCAUCCUGCAGCACAUGCACGUUAAAGGGCGUCAACGCCACGAAUUCAAUACGAUAUUUAAAACACCAGCACUUGACGGAGCACAGAGAGUUUUCUGGUGCUCAUGAAAGUUAAACUGCAGGAACCAGCGGUCACUCGCGACACUCGCCGGUCUGAGCGUGACGUUCAGAACGCGAAGCAUAUUGCCCGAGAAAUAAUCAUUAAUUUCACCGCGCCAGAUGAGCAGUCUUUCUCAGGUGUCGUUUUAAGACGGAAUUAACCGCGGCCGAAUCCGCUGCAGUCUUGUGUGUGUCAGAUGCAGCGUUCGCGGUCCACCACCUAAAUCUGAAACUUUUGCAACCGUCCAGAGUGAGAACUUUCAUGAAAGAGGUUGAAGACAGCUGCUUCAGCUGAGUGCUCUCCCAGUCUCUCGGAGCAUCCCGAGUUUUUACAGUCUAAUGAGCAUGCUCUUUGCUGGCAAAAAUAUUGAGCUUCGUCACAUCAAACCGAUGACAUCACAGGCGUUUUAUUUACCUUUAAAGCGCUCAAAUUGCGCUGUUUUCGCCCGCGUGUCCACAGCUCUGCUAACACAGACGAUCUACUGGAGGGUGAAAACAGCGCUUUCUGAACACUUUAAAUGUAAAUGACAUGUGAGGAGUUCAUGACUGGAGUUCAGAACAUUGGCAAGAUUGUUUAAUGAGUCAGUCUCGACACUGGACCCCGUUUUCAAAACUAGUACUAGAGGAUCGCUAGAAGUGAUUCUCAUGCAUUUUCUGUGGCGCAGACAGCAACGGUGCACCCGCGGCUUAUAGACUGGUGCGGCUUAUGUAUGAAAAAAAUCCAUUUUCCUUCUUAGAUUUGGUGGGUGCGGCUAAUAUUCCGGUGCGCUCUGUAGUCCGGAAAAUACGGUAGUUGAUCUGUGUAUAUUUCUGGAAGAUGAGGCCUGUGUGGAUAUGUGACCCACCAGUAGACUUUUAAAAAAAAUAUAUUUACAGUAUGCUUGCUUACUUCAUGAAUCAGUAGGAUAGUCAGUAAUUUUCGACUACAUUAGUGACGGUGAAAUCUAAUAAAGAAGCUAAAAUAGAACGUUUUUCACCUGUUUUUGUUCAGUCUUUGACAAAUGAUAGAAAUAAACAAUUGAAUUUUGCUGAAGAACAUAAAUGUGAAGUUUGGCAUUGUACACAACUUUCACUCAUGUUAAUUGACCUCUUCUUGGUGAAUUUUAUAGAAUAUGUGUUGCCGGGUGUUUUUCUUUAUAAAUUCCCUUGAGGUGUCAAAGCCAUUUCUGAGCCUGGAGGAGGUGACUACCUUAUGGUAAUACUAUAUACUAUGUCUGUCGCAUUGGCUGAGCACCUUUGUCCACCAGAGGGAGACAUUUUACAGUUUGUAAAACA